AUAUAAACAUGAGUAACGGUCCAGAGGAUAAGACCCGAGAGAGAGAGAGAGAGAGAGAGAGAGAGAGAGAGAAAUGAGAGCUGAGCUGAGUUUUAUACGUGGGUGUUCAGUGCCCACCAGUCUCAGCUGCUCUUUCAUCCCAAACAUUCAUUUGUCUACUUUCUAAAAACAGAGUUUGUUUAAUUGCUCUUGUUUCCUCUUUUAUUUCUAAUUAUGACAAGCAUGGCCGCAGAAUUCGCAUUUGUCAGAAAUGGUAGCACCGCCACUACCACUACUGCUGCCGCUGCCUUGUUCAGCUCAAAUUGGAAAGCUUCCGAAAGAAAGAGUCAUCAGUCACUACACACUUCUUGCAUGGAUGACAAGAACAGGGUCUACAAACAACUGGGAUUAUUUUCUUUGAAAAAGAAGAUUGAAGAUACAGUUCUCCGAGCUGAGAUGUUGGCCCCAUUGGCAUUGGAACUUGAAGAAGCAAGAAGAAAUAAGCAGGAACAACAGAUACGUGACUAUAACCUUUGGGAUGACACAGCUAAGUCCAGUGAGAUUCUUGCCAAGUUAGCUGACAGUGCCAAAGUGGUUGAUGCUCUUAAAGACUUGACAUAUAAGGCUGAAGAAGCAAAGCUGAUAACGCAGUUAGCGGAGAUAGAUGCUAUACAUUAUGGGCUUUUUAGGCAAGCAUAUGUUGCAUCUCUAGAUGUAAGCAAGCUUUUGGAUCAGUAUGAGAUGUCCAAGCUUCUCAAGGGACCAUAUGACAUGGAGGGAGCAUGUCUAGUUAUCAAAGCUGGAGGUGAAGGCUACCCUGAGGUAUGGGUAAAACAACUACUAAGCAUGUAUACCAAAUGGGCCAAAAAGCUAGGUUAUAAAGGGAGGGUCAUUGAGAAGCGUCCUUCCACAAAUGGUGGCAUCAAGUCAGCAACUAUUGAGUUUGAAUUUGAGUUUGCUUAUGGCUAUCUUUCCGGAGAGACAGGUGUUCACAACAUUAUAAGUUCGCAAAAUGGAUCUGCUUUGCAUUUGGCUAGCUCAGCAAGUGUGGAUGUUUUUCCUUUGUUUCUUGGAAAAGCUCAUGACCUACAAAUUGAUGAGGAGGAUUUAGUCGUCACAUUGCCAUCAAUGCUUGAAGAAGAGCAGGGCCAAACUGGACCUUCAGUUUCCAUCCAGCAUAUACCCACGAGUGUAACUGCGCAAUCAUCAGGUGAGAGGAGCCACUUUGCAAAUAAGAUCAAGGCCAUUAACCGGUUGAAAGGCAAGCUUCUCAUCCUUGCACUGGAACAAGGAGUUACUGAGGAUGCUUUAUUUUUGGCUGAAUCGAAGUUCUGAGAGCCUUUUAACAUCACAAAUUAACUAGCGUCCUCCUUUGAGUCUAGCUACCAUGAGGCAGGGGUAUCCUGUAGGCAUUAGUGCAACCGUGCAAGCCCAACAGCCGAUCAAAUGAUACAAAAAUAUACCAGUAAAUCAUAGGAUUUAUCUUUAAAUGUUCCUUUGAAAACCCAAUGGGUGGCAAGGAAGCUCAUACCCUUUAUUUACAAUCAAUACUACUUAAUUAUCUGUAUUUUUUGGUAAAAUGGAGUGCCAAAUUAUUUGUACAAAAGCGUUGAAGUUGCUAAUCAGUUAGUAAGUUCAAACGCUACCUCCACAAUGUAAUUUCAUAAUUCGAACUGUAUAAUUUUUAGGACCUCAUUCAAACUUUAU